UAGGAAAUAGUGAGGUUCAGACCCGGAGGAGGUUUCUCCCGACGUCUUGAAGCGGCAGCUCUAAAAAUCGUAGUCCGGCACUACCGUACUUCGCGCCCUCCACCUCACUCAGCUUUUUCGUAGCACACGACCACGACCUACUCUCUUCUCCAUAAUUAGAUCAAUACAGAACCAUGGCGGCACCAAAAUCUACAGAAGCUUCACAGCUGAAAUUCGAACUCCUCUCAGCAACCUAUCAAUCCCCCACCAACGAGCCGUUCACCCACACAACCAAGCUCCCCGCACCUCCCACCACGAAAACAACAGACCGAACUGCCUACCUCGCCAGCCUCCGAAAAGCCACCGCGGAGAUGCAAGAAACGAUAAACAAGGAGCUUACAUCGCGGAUGGAGGAAGACAAGGCGCGCGAAGCUGUUGCAAACGGUACCUCCAAUCCAAAAGUGGUGGACGAAGCGAAAGAGGAAGAUAAUUACGGGGAAGAGGUUGUAGAGGAAGAUUGAUGGCACGAGGUUCCGAAUGGAUUUGAUAUGUACUCAUGGUCCCAAUAUCUAGACGGGAUAUAUACAACAAACACCUAGACACUACACCGAAGAACUCCUCGCUAUGUUUCUAUCCAUUCGCUGCACCAAAUCACGAACAUCACCUCCAUUGCGCCGCCUUCAAACUCUCCAUCCCGCCCGGCGACCGCCCGUUCGCACGAUUCAAACAUCCGUAAUGCACAACUCCGUUAUCUGGCAACACGGCAAACACGGUUCCUCCUAGCCGUUUGUGACACACACCGCAUACUCUCUCUUCCGACACAAUUACUCUUCUAUUUCGCCCUCCGUUGCUACCUGGUAUCCCGUCGCCGAGUAGGAGCGCUGCUUGUGCAGAGACGACUUCGCUCUUGCGGAGCCCGGAAACGACUUUUGCUUCGUUGACGAUGGAGUUCGCUGCUCGUA